AAAACCAAUCUGUCAUUGAUACUCGAGAAUUACAUUCUUUGAAUUGAAGAUCAUUUCUCUGUUUUCAGAUUACCCAUUUGAACAAAAAAUGGAACAAGAACAUGUAGAAGUCAAAAAGAGAGUAGCUUUUGUCCUAAUCGAUGGUUUAGGAGAUGUAUCAAUACCAAAAUUAGGUUACAAAACUCCAUUACAAGCAGCAAACAUACCUAAUCUUGACGCAAUUGCAUCAGCUGGAAUCAAUGGUUUAAUGGAUCCUGUAGAAGUUGGUUUAGGUUGUGGUAGUGACACUGCUCAUCUUUCUCUUAUGGGUUAUGAUCCAAGAGUGUAUUAUAGAGGUCGUGGUGCGUUUGAGUCUAUGGGUGCAGGACUAGCUAUGUCACCUGGUGAUAUAGCUUUCAAGUCUAAUUUUGCAACUUUGGAUGAGAAAUCUGGAGUUGUUGUUAGUAGAAGAGCUGAUCGAUAUUUCGAAGAAGAAGGUCCUAUACUUUGUGCUGCUCUUGAUGGAAUGAAACUUCAAUCUUUCCCUGAGUAUGAAGUGAGAGUCAGAUAUGCGACGGAACAUAGGUGUGGUGUGGUUGUAAAAGGGCCAAGACUUAGUGGGAAUAUAUCUGGAACAGACCCAUUGAAAGAUAAUCGUUUGCUUCUUGAGGCUAAACCUUUGGAUGAAUCAGAAGAAGCUAAUCACACUGCUAAAGUUGUUAACGAGUUAUCAAGAGAGAUAUCGCGCAUUCUUGUUUCUCACCCGAUUAAUGCAGAGAGAGCUGCGCAAGGCAAGAAUAUUGCCAAUCUUGUUCUUUUACGAGGCUGUGGUAUUCGAAUCGAGGUACCUCCUUUUCAAGAGAAGCACGGUUUGUGGCCGUGUAUGGUAGCACCAACAAAGAUUAUAGCUGGACUUGGUAUGUCUCUUGGUAUUGACAUUCUAGAAGCUCCCGGAGCCACUGGAGAUUACAGGACACUUCUGACAUCGAAAGCAACUGCUAUAGCUAAUGCACUCUCAGCUCCUUUGAAUCCCUGCCCAAAUGUCUUUGUACCGGGAGAGGACGGGCACAAACCAGGAAGGUCAGAUGGUUAUGAUUUCGGGUUCCUUCACAUAAAGGCUAUAGAUGAUGCUGGUCAUGACAAGGCGACCAUGUUCAAAGUUCGAGGUUUAGAAGCUGUGGAUAAGGCGAUACGUCAGCUUGCUAAGCUUUUAUGGCAAGCUGAAUCUUCUACCAAUUACCAGUAUUUCUUGUGUGUGACCGGUGAUCAUUCUACUCCUGUUGAGUAUGGAGACCACAGCUUCGAGCCUGUCCCAUUCACAAUGUGUCGAUUAAGUGACUUUGUGAGCGCGGUUGGAGGAGAAUCAGCCCUAUUAGAGACAUCUUUGGACCCUUUUCCACUUCCAACAGUUGUGGAAUCAAGUGAAGAUGUCACCAAACAAGAGGAAGACAGUGGGAGGAGGGAAACACCUCCGGCAAUUGGUGGAGAUUCAGUUGCAGAGUUGAAUGAGAUUGCAGCUGCAAGAGGAUGUCUUGGCCGUUUUCAUGGCGGUGAAAUGAUGGGAGUCAUCACUAAGUUUCUUAAACUAGAGGUAUGAAUUCUAUAAACUUUUGCAUUUUUCUGUGAGAACUUGGAUACUGGAAGUGUAAUAAAAAUACCAAGCUUCUAACAAUUCAGGUUUAGUCAUUGUCGUUUAAAGUUGAAAAACCGUCUAAUCCACUUCGGUUGCUUGAGUUUGAUCUUUGUUUUUCUAUAAAUGAUUUGAUUGGUA